GUUGUCGUACUAAAAUAAUAUUUCAAUAAGUGUAUUCAACCUCCCGUUCAUAACCUGUAGUACAAUUCCAGUAUAUAAAGAAGAAUUAUAGGACUUAAAAAGCAUAUUCACAUGAAUUAAUCAAAAAAUAAGAAUGCUGAAUAAUUCGAAGAUAUGUGUGACUCCUUUGCGGGCACUAGCUAGUCCUUUGCUGACCUUAAUAUCCGGACCUUUAGCUCAACAAACGCGUAAUACCAUUAUAUUAAAGCGAAAAUAUCCUAUGCCACUUCAUAAAAAAGGGCAACGUCCUGCACCACUUAAGCACAAACAAUUCAUAUACGAUGUUGUGGCUGAUACAGAAACACAGAAACAGAGAAAAAUAGAGAUUAUCCUAACGUCAUAUGUAUCUGGAAUCGGUAAUAAGGGCCAGAGAAUAAAUAUGCCAUCUAAUUGUGCAUAUUAUAAUUAUCUUCUACCUGGAUUGGCUGUAUAUGCCUCACCUGAAAAUAUUAAAAAGUAUGAAAGUUUUGAAGAUGACACCAAACAAUAUAGUUCUAAAUAUGUUGAACGGACAAUAAACCUACUGUCCACCUUAAAGUUAUCAGUGUUGAUGACAUUGGAUAAUCCAUGGACAAUAGAGAAGUUUCACAUAAGAAGCAGCUUCCGCAAAGCUAAUUUUCAUGUACCAGAUGAAUGUAUAACCAUGCCACAGAAGAAAAUUUGUGGUCCAGACUUAUCAAUAGAAAAUAAAGAGUUCUAUGUAACAGUCACUAUAAAUAAUAAGGAACAAGUUAAAGUCAGAUGUGCAAUCCAUCACUGGUCUGCAGAUCCUGCUAAGAGACUUCCACACUGUGAAUUCUUUAAGUUUCAUGAUGAGGCAAUAUUCCCAGAAGAUCAGGCUGUACUGGAUACUCUCCCAAAACAUCGUCUUGUUGAAAGCCCAAGUAUUUAAAAUAUAAUUGUAUGCCUUAGCACGUUUAUAAAUAAAUUAUGAAGAUUAGAAGGUUUAA